UCGACGUAACAACUUGUAAUUGCGCAUAAGUAUCGAGUGAUGCCCGGCAAUCUCUCGGGAACUUACUUUCUUUUAAUCUCUGCACAUCGCCAAAAAUACUCAGCGCUACAGAGUACCCUUUGAACAGAAUCUAUAGUUUUGUGGCUGCAACUAAAGACACUUUGUCUAUUGUUUUCCCAUCUUCACGUCAACAUUAUCAUAUCAUCUGUCAGCCUCAAGGUAUCCCUUAGGAUCAAUCAUGGCAUGGGACUUGGAGAUCGGAACACCUUGCUGGGUAGCAACCGGUGACGUCGAGAUGCACAGACAGAGCGUCACCCCUCGCCGAGCUACUCCCAAAUACUUCCAAAUCCCGGACAAGAUCGACAUGCCGGGAGUAAUAUACGAUGACCUUCUCGAGGAUGUUCGAGAAGGCCUGGAGGAGAUCUUUGACCACCCAGGCUCCCGUGCACCCUUCAUACCAGGGUACCAAGAUCGUGCUGAUGCGAUCGCGCGUGCGAAGUUGUUGCGCGAACACGGCCAGAAAAGCUCGGAUGUCAUGAUGGUGCAUCUGAGGCCUCCCUCUGGAGUCAUCUCUCAUAGAGAGCUGAAUGUUUAUGCGCGAAAGGUUGCUUACAAUGGGGAGGGAUUGAGGGUAGCGAAGAAGAAGGUUUAUGUUAUUUGUGAGCCCUUCACUAAGAGAAAUAUCGAUCGGGUCGAGCCAGUUCAGUUUGAGUGAGGGGGAAUCAGGCGCGUUACAGAUGAGAUCGGCGUUUCUUUUUACUUGAGGUCGGUAGCAGGACACUCUUUGACACAAAUUGCUGUUAGGGACACCAUGAUAGCAUGAAUUGAUUUGCAGAUGAUAACAUCUCCAAAGCGCAUAAUGAACUCAACAUUCGAAAGUCAGGACAAGAUAUACAAUACGGGGUUGAAUUUCCCGACUAUUGCCCUUCUAACUGGCCCUAGCACAGUGGCAUUGCAUAAAGCCCUCAAUCUGAUGGCGAAGGUAAGAAGCUCGAUAAUCCUCCUACUCAGCUAUAUGCGCUGUGGGGAAGCAGAUAACGAGUCUGCUGGUGGUAUCAGAAGUGUAAAGAGCACUUUAGUUAAUUGAAAAAGAUCGUAGAUAUUUAUAUGGGUUUAAAUCAGCUUAACUCAAUCAUGAGAUUCGUUUAGACGCUUCAGUGGUGUUAGAUGAACUGGAGGGGCACAGUAUAUGAACUGAAGCUGUUCCAUUUUAACAAGCAUAUGAUAAAGCUAAGUGAAACACAUACAGGUUUCAUACGGAUCCCCAAGAUAUCAUUCAGAUCAGGGACGUAUUAAAUAAGAGAACCCUUCCGCAGUAACC